GCGCGCCUUUGGAGCUGGGGCACGGCCGGGCGCCGAGGGAACGGCCUUCCUGGGGGCCGACGCUGCAGCCUUCAUGCCACACUCAGCUGCUUCUUGACGGCACGGCGGCGCGGCAGGACUAGGCGAAAGGUGGCCCCCGCCUGUCUUCCUCGGCCUCGACGUGGCUUCCUCGCCCUCACUUCUCCUUUGUUGCUUCUCAAGACGUGGAAGGAGCCGGCGCCGUCCGCUGGUGUCCGCAGAAAUCACCGAGGCUUUGUGAAGGGCUUUCACCGCCACCGGCAGCUCCUGGCGCUGUUAUUUGGCUCUCCAGCCCUGCAACCACCUGGGAGCCUGGGGGGGAAUCCUUUCUUUUCGGAUCUGUGGCGGCAUUUUCCCUCCCGAUGUGGACUCCAAAGGAUUUGUUUCUUCUCUGUCACUUGAAAUGAAAUGAUGGCCACGCGUCGGACUGGGCUGCCCGAGGGAGAUGGUGACCAGCUGAAGGCCUGCGUGUCCCCGACCUGCGAGGUAUCGAAAACGAAAGAUGGAAAAGAGCAGAGUGAAACCGUGUCACCUUCCGAAGAUGAGACCUUCUCCUGGCCUGGUCCCAAGACAGUGAUGCUGAAAAGAACCUCACAAGGCUUUGGCUUCACAUUAAGGCACUUUAUCGUGUAUCCCCCAGAGUCUGCAAUUCAGUUUUCAUAUAAGGAUGAAGAGAAUGGAAACAGAGGAGGAAAUCAAAGGAACCACUUGGAGCCAAUGGACACCAUAUUUGUUAAACAAGUGAAGGAAGGCGGGCCUGCUUUUGAAGCUGGAUUAUGCACAGGUGACCGAAUUAUAAAAGUCAAUGGAGAAAGUGUUAUUGGAAAGACCUAUUCUCAAGUAAUUGCUUUAAUUCAGAACAGUGAUACAACAUUGGAACUUAGUGUUAUGCCAAAGGAUGAAGAUAUUCUCCAAGUGGCUUAUUCUCAAGAUGCCUACCUGAAAGGCAACGUAGCCUUCAGUGGCAAUGCCCGCAAUAUUCCUGAGCCUCCACCCAUCUGCUACACCUGGUUAACACCAGCCUCUCCAGCCAUGGCACAACCCGUUGAAAUAUCCCCUCCAGACUCUUCGUUGAACAAACAGCAAACCAGUACCCCAGUACUGACGCAACCCGGCCGGGCCUAUAGAAUGGAAAUACCAGUGCCUCCAUCCCCCACAGAGGUUGCCAAGUCGAACACAGCGGUGUGUGUUUGCAAUGAGAGUGUGAGGACCGUCCUUGUGCCUUCUGAGAAGGUUGUAGAUGUGUUAUCCACUAGAAACAACCACACUGCCCCUUCACAUAGAACUGAAGAAGUGAGGUAUGGCAUCAAUGAACACACCUCUUUAAAGCCACUGUCCCGAACUACAUCACCAUCAUCAUCAUCCUCAGUUCCCGCCGCUCACCUGAUCCUUCCCACCGCAGGCUCUAGGUCACUGGAGCCUUCCGGAAUUUUACUGAAAUCUGGAAAUUACAGUGGGCACUCAGAAGGCAUCUCAGGCAAUAGACCUCAACUGGCGGAGGUUCCUCCUGUGCCCGUUAACCACUACUCUCCAAAUUCCCAUCAGCACAUAGACUGGAAAAACUAUAAAACCUACAAAGAGUAUAUUGACAACAGGCGAUUGCACAUUGGUUGUCGGACCAUUCAAGAGAGAUUAGACAGUCUGAGAGCUGCCUCCCAGAGCACGGCAGAUUAUAACCAGGUGGUCCCCCAUCGCAUGGCUCUGCAGGUACGACGGAGGAGCACCUCUCACGACCGAGGGCCCCAGCCUGUUCAGGUCCGGCAGCGCAGUGUGUCCCAGGAGAGACUGGAGGAUGCUGUGCUGAUGAAGUGCUGUCCUCGAAGCGCAUCUCAAGGCGCACUGACGUCGCCACCUGUUAGCUUUAGUACCCAUAGGACUCGUUCGUGGGACUAUAUUGACGGACAGGGUGAAGCUGGGGAGAACGUCCAUUCUGGAAGUCAAACCCCUGAUUCCAAUGGAGAGCGAAAACAGACCUACAAAUGGAGUGGGUUUACCGAACAGGAUGACAGACGGGGCAUUUGUGAAAGACCCCGGCAACAAGAAAUCCAUAAAUCCUUCCGAGGUUCAAGUUUCACCGUGGCUCCCAGUAUGGUUCAUUCCGACAGCCGGCGCAUAGGUGGCCGGGGAAUGGGCUCCGCAUCUCAGUUAAAAAAAAUCCCACCGGAUCUCAAAGCACUGCAGUCCAGCAGAAAUUUCCAAACUUCUUGUGGAAUGCCACUGCCCCGAGGUGUUGCACAAGACAAGUCGCCUCUUGUGAAAGUUCGGAGCAAUUCUCUGAAAGCACCUUCCUCUUUUGUCCCCAAACCAUCAUUCAGCUCCAACUCGUUUGUUUCUAUCAAAGACCAAAGACCGGUAAAUCACCUGCAUCAAAACAGUCUAUUAAAUCAGCAGACCUUGUUAAGGACGGAAAGCACCCCAGAUCACCCAGUGGAGACGGCGAAGCCCCCCUCCCUGUCUGGGGCCUCAGCUAAGCUGCUCCCUCUGACAAGUGAAACCUCUGGCUCUUCAGAUUUUGAAUUAUCUGUCGUGCGAAGGAACCAAGAUUUAAAUUUACCAGAGGCUGAAAUCCCGCAGUCGAGUGUUUUAGAUAAUAAAGAAACUGUUGUCCUAAGGGAAAAACCUCCAUCUGGUCGCCAAACACCACAGCCCUUAAGACAUCAGUCGUACAUCUUGGCAGUCAAUGACCAAGACACCGGGUCGGACACCACCUGCUGGCUGCCCAACGACGCCCGCCGAGAGGUGCACAUCAAACGGAUGGAGGAACGGAAGGCCUCAGCCAGCAGCCCACCCAGCGACUCCUUGGCUUCCAUCCCAUUCAUAGAUGAACCAACUAGCCCCAGCAUUGAUCAUGAUCUUGCACAUAUCCCUGCUUCUGCUGUCAUCUCAGCUUCUGCCUCUCAAGUCCCUUCUAUAGCAACGGUUCUUCCCAGCCUCACCACUUCAGCGCCUUUAAUCCGACGCCAGCUCUCACAUGACCACGAAUCUGUCGGACCUCCCAGCCUGGAUGGCCAGCCCAGCUCAAAGACGGAAAGAUCAAAAUCAUACGACGAAGGGCUGGAUGAUUACAGAGAAGAUGCCAAACUGUCCUUUAAGCCUGUAUCUAGCUUGAAGAGAAUCAAGAUCGCAGACAGCCAGAAGUCCUGCACAGACUCCGUGUCCAGGAAAGACUCCGCCUCCAAGGUCUUCAGCGACGCUGCCAAGGAAGGGUGGCUCCACUUCCGACCGCUCGUCACCGAUAAGGGCAAGCGAGUUGGUGGGAGUAUUCGGCCUUGGAAACAGAUGUAUGUCGUGCUCCGGGGCCACUCCCUGUACCUGUACAAAGACAAGCGAGAACAGACGACUCCUUCGGAGGAAGAGCAGCCCAUCAGUGUCAACACCUGUCUCAUAGACAUCUCCUACAGUGAGACCAAGAGGAAGAAUGUGUUUCGACUGACCACGUCAGACUGUGAGUGUCUCUUUCAAGCUGAAGACAGGGAUGAUAUGUUAGCGUGGAUCAAGACUAUCCAGGACAGCAGCAACCUCAACGAGAAGGACACGGGCGUGACUAACACGGAUCUAAUCAGUCGGAGAAUAAAGGAAUAUAACACCCUGAUGAGCAAAGCAGAACAGUUGCCAAAAACGCCUCGCCAGAGUCUCAGCAUCAGGCAAACCUUGCUCGGUGCUAAAUCGGAGGCCAAGACGCAAAGCCCACACUCCCCAAAGGAGGAGUCGGAGAGGAAGCUCCUCAGUAAAGAUGAUACCAGCCCCCCAAAAGACAAAGGCACCUGGAGAAAGGGCAUUCCGAGUAUUAUGAGAAAGACGUUUGAAAAGAAGCCUACUGCUACAGGGACAUUUGGUGUCAGACUGGACGACUGCCCCCCAGCUCAUACUAACCGGUAUAUCCCAUUAAUAGUUGACAUAUGUUGCAAAUUAGUUGAAGAAAGAGGUCUUGAAUACACAGGUAUUUACAGAGUUCCUGGGAAUAACGCAGCCAUCUCGAGUAUGCAAGAGGAGCUCAACAAGGGAAUGACUGACAUUGAUACACAAGAUGAUAAAUGGCGCGAUUUGAAUGUGAUAAGCAGUUUACUAAAAUCGUUCUUCAGGAAACUCCCUGAACCUCUCUUCACCAAUGAUAAAUAUGCCGACUUUAUUGAAGCCAACCGUAAAGAAGACCCCCUGGAGCGCCUGAAGACAUUAAAAAGACUAAUUCACGAUUUACCCGAACAUCAUUUUGAAACACUUAAGUUCCUUUCGGCUCAUCUGAAGACGGUGGCAGAAAAUUCAGAAAAAAACAAGAUGGAACCACGAAAUCUCGCCAUCGUUUUUGGCCCCACUCUGGUGAGGACAUCAGAAGAUAACAUGACUCAUAUGGUGACCCACAUGCCUGACCAGUACAAAAUUGUAGAAACCCUUAUCCAACACCAUGACUGGUUUUUCACAGAAGAAGGUGCCGAAGAGCCUCUUACAACAGUGCAGGAGGAAAGCACAGUAGACUCCCAGCCAGUGCCAAACAUAGAUCAUUUGCUCACCAACAUUGGAAGGACGGGCGUGUCCCCGGGAGAUGUAUCAGACUCAGCUACUAGUGACUCAACAAAAUCUAAGGGCUCUUGGGGAUCCGGAAAGGACCAGUAUAGCCGGGAGCUGCUCGUCUCCUCCAUCUUCGCUGCUGCCAGUCGCAAGCGGAAAAAGCCCAAAGAGAAAGCCCAGCCCAGCAGCUCGGAAGACGAGCUGGACAAUGUCUUCUUUAAGAAAGAACACGCCCCGCAGGGUCAGGAUGACCGUGGAGGAGAACCCAAGAAAGAGGGCGCGAUGGCGGGCAGAAAGAGCAGUGCCAACAAAGACGCGGGCACCACCCACGAGAAGGCCUCGCUGCCUUGCACGGAUGGCGCGCCCCCUGGGGAGUCGCCCACGGGCAGCGGCCACCUCACCCGGCCCAGAGAGAGCCCCAGGUCGCUGGCGACACCGAAGUCCUCCCCCUUCGCAGAGACCGGGUCCGACUCCGGCACGCUGCUCAGCCUCUCUUCCCAGGCCUCCCAGGCCAGGUGUGGUGCGCCCAGGAAACCCACCAGCCCCGAGACGAAACCCGGCGAGUUCGUGGUGCACGUCGGGCCCGCCACCUCCGACGACCCCACCGCGUACUUGACCUGCCUGGACUCGAGCCGGCUCAGCCCGGAGGUGCAGUCGGUGGCCGAGAGUAAGGGCGACGAGGCGGACGACGAGCGGAGCGAGCUCAUCAGUGAAGGGCGGCCCGUGGAGACGGACAGUGAGAGCGAGUUCCCCCUCUCCCCGACGGCCUUGACCGCCGAGAGGCCGCCCCGCGGCGGAGCGGCGGGCGCGGCCCGGGCGAGCCGGAGGAACUCGGAAGGCAGCGAGGUCAGCGGGACCGAGGGCAGCCUGACCCCGAGCCUGGACAGCCGGCGGCAGCUCUUCAGUUCCCAUAAACUCAUCGAAUGCGACACCCUUUCCCGGAGAAAGUCGGCCCGGCUCAGGUCGGACAGCGGGCUUCUGGCGGACGCCAAGACGGAGAGAGACGCCCCGUCGGUGACCACGAAGGUGCUCGACGUGAUGAAGCGAGGCAAGUCCACGGGGAGCUUGCUGACGCCGGCCAGGAGCGAGCCCGAAAAGCAGGAGCCCACUUGGAAAACCAAAAUAGCCGACCGGUUAAAACUGCGGCCCCUCCGAGCGCCUGCGGACGACAUGUUCGGGGUGGGGGAUCCCAGGUUGAGCGGGGGCGCCGCCAAGAGGAAACACAUCAAGCGCAGGCACACGCUAGGCGGCCACCGGGACGCUGCGGACAUGAGCGUGCUGAGCUUUUGGAAAGCGCAGGAGCAGAGCAGCGAGCGGGAGGCCGAGCUCUCCGCCGUGAACCGGUUAAAGCCCAAGUGCUCAGCGCAGGACCUCUCCAUCGCAGACUGGCUGGCGCGGGAGCGCUUGCGGCCCGGCGCGUCCGACCCGCGCAGAGGAGACCUCGGGGACCCCCGGCUGGAGAAGGCGCCCAGCACCUUCCCAGCGCCCGCGGCGGACGGCGCGCAGCCGUUCCCGCCCCAGGCUCGCAGCUCGCCCACUAGCUCAGCCGCGACGAACAGGACCCGUCGUCCCACAGCACCGCCGCCGUCGCCAGACCACAUAAAUGGAGAAAGCUUCCAGAAUGCUGGCUGUGCCUCGAAAGCCCAGCCUCACGAACUGUCUGAAGCCCCGGGCAGUACAGCACCUGCAUCCCUGCCUUGAAGCUGGGGGUCUGCCCCCUCGGGCAAGUAAACAGCUACGUUCCUGGAACUCUGUACAUAGGUCCUUGUACCAGAAUUGUGAUUACGCAGCCGUCAUUGGGUUGCUUUCGUGAUCUUGCACUGUGAAAUGGCUUUACAGUGCAUUUCUCCAGCCAGAAGAACAUAUAAAUAAAUAUAUAUAUAUAUGUAUUUAAAGAUAUAUUGCAUAGUUGUACACAAAUAAAAUAUUUGUUGCAACUUACUACAUAGUGUAUACCCAAGAUUACUGAAGAAAAUCGCUGGCAUUUACGAUGCCGCAAAUUUGUUCUUCGGUUUCAUCAGUAACAAAAAGUGCCUCAUCAUUAAACAACAAAACACACACGCGCGCGAGCAUUUGGUUUUUAGGUGCCAUAUUGUUAAAGUUAGAUAGCCGACCUUGAACAAGUGAAUGCGUUGCUUGGUAACAAGUUCCGUUCCGUUUACCAGUUUUCACACAGGCGGACACAAACCGUGCUUUCUUCAGUCAUUCCAGUGGAUCUCUUCAGUUUUAUAUCCAAACUUUUAAUACUGUUUUUUGAGUUUUGUGUGACUUGAAUUUUUAAUCUUUCUGUAAAAUAAGUAACUUAAAUGAACAUAUUCUAUGUGUAUCUUUUCUUCAGAUACUAGAUUUGAUAUAAAUGUUGUAAUAUAGGUGUGUAGAUAGUGGAUCCUGGAUGGAACUGGCUGGCUUCUUUCGUGAAGAGAAUAUAAUUCUGCAUGAGGACUUAGGAAUCCAAACCUGUGUCAUGCCUGUGCGCAUACCCAAUUAAACACUGGAAAUAAAAAAAAUUGUUUUGGUGAACUUUGAA